AUAUAUAUUUUUUUAAAAAGCAGCUAAUGCAAACUGUUAUAUUGAGCUUCAGUAGUUCAAGCUGUUUUUCGGCAGUAUUUGAUACAUUGAAAAUGUAUUUUGCAGACGAUUUAGCAUCUGUCCUUAUCACGGAUUAGUGCUUUCAUAUGUUGUUUAUAGGACGAACGCAUAACUCCCAAGUUCCUGUUGAUCGAUUAUUGCAUUUAUUAUGCAUAUGUGCUAAUAAAGUGACUGAGAGAGGUAUUUCUGAAAGGUCUUGUUACAAAAACACACUGCUCGCACAAGUUUCAAACUGCCAGGGAAGACACGCUUCACCUGUCUCAGGUGUGCAGGCGCUUCAGCCUGCCUGCCCCCUUAAAACAUCAGCUGAUGCCUAAUAAUUCUUGCUUUUCACUCACAGUGUUGCUCAAGGAAAUCGCUGACGUUUUCACUGAGUAAACGAAAUUGCAAGGUUCUUUGUUGUCCACUAAAUUUAAAAGACGUACUGUUUAAAUGCUUGAACUUAAAUCGAUUUUUUUGGUGUGUGUGGAGAGGAUUCGUUAUUAGACGUUUUGCCUUAAAGAGUGAGUGUUUUGUAAACAGGAAGAGUCAAACAUUUUGGGUUCAAUCACAUGCUGACUCACAUACGGAGAAACUUCCCUUUCUACGUCCACAGUGAACUUGAUCAACAUGCUAAUCUUGCAGUCGUGAAGCUUGUGAUCACCAACUAUUACGCUGAAACACUAGCACUUUUGAAAGGCGAGAUAGGAAAUCCCGUGUUCGUAAAACCGCCGUAUUUUUCGUAUCCCAUAAAACUGUCUGAGAUGACAAAGGGAUCUGAUUCUAAUUAAAGAUGGAAGUGAACCCAGAGGAUCAGUUUCUUCACGAUGCCCGAAAUGGAAACCAUGAAGGAAUUCGAAAGGUUUUGGAAUCCAAGAAACAAGGAGAAACAGACAUGAACAUUAACUGCAAAGGGAAGAGCAAGUCUAAUUUAGGAUGGACACCUCUUCACCUUGCAUGUUAUUUUGGACACAAAGAUGUUGUGGAAGAACUACUAAAGGCUGGUGCGGAUGUAGAUGUGUUAAAUAACAUGGGGGACACUCCACUGCAUCGAGCGGCCUUCACUGGGAGAAAGGAAGUCGUUAUGUUGCUGUUACAGUAUAAUGCUUGUGCUACAGUCCUCAAUGGAACAGCACAAACUCCAAGAGAUGUCACUAAAGAUGUAGAGAUCAGAAACAUGUUAGAAGCUGCAGAGAGGACCGAAGAGAGGAAACAAGAAGAACUGCUUUUAGAAGCUGCCAGGGAGGGCAAUUCCACCACACUUACUGAACUGCUCAACAGGAAAAAGCCGCCUGACAUCAAUUGCUCAGACCUGCUGGGAAACACCCCACUGCACUGCGCUGUCUACCGAGGCCAGAAACAGUGUGCCAUCAAACUGCUGAAGAGUGGAGCAAGCCCCAACAUCAAGAAUCAAAAUGAUCAGACUGCGUUUGACCUUGUUAACAGUGCUGAGAUGAAACAGAUUCUUGAAGGCAAUUAUCUGAAGGGUUUGAAUCGAAAUGUGCCAUCAUUUGAGGGACCUCUUUGGAAGAGUUCUCGUUUUUUUGGAUGGAGGUCCUACUGGGUGGUGCUCCAAGAUGGUGUCCUAUCCUGGUAUGCUAAGCAGUCAGAUGCAGCGUCUAAUAAUCGGCGUCAGGGAUGCAAGUCCUUAACUCAAGCUCAUUGCACGGUCAAAGCGAAAGACAACAGCCACUUUUCCAUCAAAUGUUUUGAUGACAGUAUUCAUCUCUUCAAAGUUCAUCCGAAAAAUGAAGUGACAAUAAAAAAAUGGCUGGACACGAUUGAGGAGCAUGCAGCCUACAGCACUCACUACUGUUCCCAAGAGCAGGGCAGUGAAGAGGAUGAGGAGGAUGGGGUGUCUGUGAGGGAGCUGAGUGACUCUCUGCAGAAAGCUCAAGUUUGCCAACAGAAGCUCGAGACGGCAGUGUCUAAUUUUCUUGCCAUGGUGAAAAAUGACAAGGUGGCUCAAGGAUUGCUGCCUCCAGUGCUGCAGAAUGUGAAGGAGCUGUCUGAGCUUUCCUCGGAGACCUGCUCAGCCCUGAGAGACUGCCUCGCAUUGUUCUCCAAGCAGGAGGGGGUGCAGAACUUGAGGUUGGAGCAGGAGCAAGAGAAGACCAAGAUUCUUUCGGAAGCCCUGCAGACUCUGGCCACUGAGCACCACGAGCUAGAGCAGUCCGUCGCUAAGGGAUCUCCUCCACGGACGGCACUCAGUGAGGAUGAGUUCUACGACGCUGUUUCUGAUUCAGACUCGGAGUGCUCUUUGAGUGGAUUUGAAACUGUAGCGAGCUAUUCCUUCGACGAAGAGACCAUCCAGUUCAGCAGUAACCGCAGCAGUCCGGUCAGCAUGUCGGAGGAAAACAGCCCUGACAACCAGGGGCCCCAGUCCAAUGGGAUCAAGAAACACAGAACGAGUUUACCUGCCCCCAUGUUCUCACGGAACGACUUCAGUAUCUGGAGUAUCCUGAGAAAGUGCAUCGGAAUGGAGCUCUCCAAGAUCACCAUGCCUGUCAUCUUCAACGAGCCUCUGAGCUUCCUGCAGCGCCUCACGGAGUACAUGGAGCACACAUACCUCAUCCACAAGGCAAACGCCAGCCCGGACUCCAUCGAGAGGAUGAAGUCUGUCGCAGCGUUCGCAGUUUCUGCUGUGGCCUCGCAGUGGGAAAGGACAGGAAAGCCCUUCAAUCCACUCCUGGGGGAAACGUACGAGCUGGUGAGAGAGGACUUGGGUUUUAGAUUAAUCUCGGAGCAGGUCAGUCACCAUCCUCCCGUCAGUGCUUUCCACGCCGAAGGAUUGAAGAAUGACUUUAAUUUCCACGGAUCUAUUUAUCCCAAACUCAAAUUCUGGGGGAAAAGUGUGGAAGCUGAGCCCAAAGGAAUUAUUACACUGGAACUUCCAAAGUACAACGAGGCCUACACAUGGUCAAAUCCCACUUGCUGUGUCCACAACAUCAUAGUGGGACAACUGUGGAUUGAGCAGUAUGGGAAUGUGGAAAUAACCAACCACAAAACUGGAGAAAAAUGCUGCCUGACCUUCAAGGCAUGUGGCCUGUUUGGCAAAGAGCUGCACAAAGUUGAAGGUUAUAUUCUAGAUAAAAGCAAAAAGAAGCUGUGUGCACUAUAUGGCAAAUGGACUGAAUGCCUGUACACUGUCGACGCAGCAACAUUUGAUGCCCACAAGAAAACGGACAAGAAGAGCUCAGAGGACAAGAAAAGCAGUAAACCAAGCUCCAGUGCUGAAGACCCUGAUGAAAUGCCACGGCCAGAUGCUGAGUCUGUGCAGGUGAUUCCAGGAAGUGAGCUUCUUUGGAGGAUAGCCCCCAGGCCACCCAACUCGGCACAGAUGUACAACUUCACCACCUUUGCCAUGCAGCUGAAUGAACUAGAUAAAGAAAUGGAAGGUGUUAUUCCAAAAACAGACUGCCGGCUGAGACCCGACAUUCGAGCAAUGGAAAAUGGAGAUAUAGAUCUGGCAAGUGAAGAGAAGAAGAGACUAGAGGAGAAGCAGAGAGCAGCCCGAAAAAACCGCUCCAAAUCGGACGAUGAGUGGAAGACCAGAAUCCCUGCUCUCGGCCCCAGGUGGUUUCACCAGGGCCCCAACCCCUACAACAGCUCCGCAGACUGGCUAUACUCCAGCGGAUACUGGGACAGGAACUAUUCUCAGCUGCCUGAUAUUUAUUGAUUUCAUAUUUGUAUAGGACCAAUGCAAGCAUGAGUUGUUAAAACCUGAACUUGAAUUCCAUUUUAAUGCUUUUUUUUUAAAAAAAGACUAAUUUAAAUCGAGAUUGUAAUCUGCUGAAUUAUUUUUAUAGGAUUUACAGACUUCUUGGUUUGUGUGAACUCCUGUCGGUAACAAAUACAAACAAGCCAUUUCUAAUCAAUGUCACAUUUGGGGUCCAAGAGAUUAUUUUAACACAUUGCAGAGAGAAUUUUAGUGAUACAAAAUGCACAUAGAGGCACUAUAAUUACCUUACAGCAGAUAACAUGAUGUGAAUAGCUGAAGUAUGAGAUUUAGUGGAAGUGCUCAGUGAUUAUUAAGACUUAUUUUUUUGUCCCUGUGUUGAAGCAAAAAAAUCCCCCUGGAAACAAUCUAAGACUGUUUUGACCUUUGUAUUGAUUGACCAUGUUAAACCAAGUAGACCCGUUUCCUCUUUGACGUUAACCACUCGGUUUUAUGUUUAAUGCAGUGUUUUGAGUUGAAUGUGAUCUGUCAUGUUGCGGUGUUUCUCCCCAGCACCAAAGGCUUGCUUCAAGAAUAAAGAAGCCAUUUAUGUUAUCUCUACAGGACUUGUACAGCAGUGAAGUGUAAAAAAUGUACUUUUAUUUGUAAUGAAAACAGAGUUAAAGAUGCUGAAGCCGGGCUGUUCUAUUUCAGUAGCAUUAUGGUUUUUAAAUUAGUGAUGCCAUGGCUGAGAUUGUACAUGUUUUAUUCAAAGUGUCCAUACUGGACACCCAUUUCCACUCUUCAGUGUUUCUUCCCCGGAAGACCCAUUUAGCCCAAGAUUGUGCAAUUUUCCUCUUUAUUCUUUCCAUGUCUAAAAAGGCAUAGUCUAUCUCCUAAUAUAAAAAUCAUGAAUAGGGCUAUAAGCCUCAGAAAGAGAUCAGUCUCCAGGAGGUCUCGUUUUCACCGGAGUUGAACUCAAGUUAUCAGCCUUUCUGAAAGUAAAUUGGACCCACCUGAACAUUCAGUUAUUUCUAGGUUUCAUAAAAACUUAACACACAACUUUUAAAUCUUUGUUGAAGUAUAUAACUGGAGGAGAGUAUUAUGAUGGAGGAUAAGUUAGAAGUAUACCACUGAAUGGAAUCUCAGUUAAAUGGUUGCUGCUUUUGAGGUUAAGAUCCCUGUGAAUCUACCCAGUUUCUAGCAAUACCUGUACUGUCACAGCACUGCACUGAUUAUGUUUCUGUUUUUUGUGUGGGUAGAUGCAGUAAUAAGUAUGAAUUAUGCUGUAUUUAAAUGUAAAAACAAAGAAGUUUUGUUGUAUGUACAUAAAUGGGCCAAUGGGCUCUUUACAUACAACGUUUUAACUCAUGUUCUCAUUAUCAUGUAAUUAAAAAUGUUAAAAACAGUUCUAAAUGCUGCUAAAUAAAAGCUUAUUGUUGUAUAGGAAUAACAUUGCAAUUUCCUUUAUUUGAUUAAACAAAUGUGUAGCUGAUCAUUGGUAAACAGUUAUAUAAUUAUGAUUAGGAACUCGCAAUGUCCCAUCUGUGCUGUCCAACCCCAUAAAAUGUUGAUGAGUCUUAUCUUACACAGUUUAUAAGAAGUGCAGCCUCAACAGUUUUUCAUUUUCUCUGCUGUAGAUGUUAAUAAGAGCCUAGAUUCUCUGUGUGCAUCCUUAUUUUUUAUUUGAAAUGACCAGAAAGGACGAACGUAGCUUUGAACACAUGCAUUUAUUAACAGCGGAAACAGUAGGUGAAUGUUUAUCUUCCAGAUGUAAACCACUUCAGGUCUCUAUGUUCCUGAGGAGGUCAGACUGCCAGUUGUGCUGUUACAGAAAGAUGUAAUUUGCAUGUUAAUACAUGAGUUAAACUGCUAAGGCUGACCUUUUAUUUUUACCAUUUGUUAAAAUAAAUCUGAUUCAGUCAUUCUAUCAA